GAGAAUAUUAUUAAGGUUAAAAAUAGUUUUGGAAACUUAUUUCUAAUAAGCUUAGACCAGAAAAAAUACUUGAUCGAAAAGAUGAAAGAGCUGCUAGAAGCACAUGGCGUAAAAGUAGUGGUAGAUGGAGUAGAAACAGAACCAAACAGGCUAAAAAUAUCUGAGCCACCACUCAACAACCAGCCACCAUUAGAAGAACAAGCACCCCCACACCCAGCAUCUGCAGAAAGAAAGAUAGUUUCAGCUCUAAAGAUUGUAGUGUCCGUGUCCUUAGUCGUUCUCUUUAUAGUAUCAACAAUAGUCUUUGGCUACAGAAUAGAGAACAGAAUGAAAAGCACCAACAACUAG